UGUGUCUGCAUAUAAAUUCAGCCUCUCUCAAUCCUUUGUGUGCCGCUCCCGCUCUUUCGCGCACAUUCUACACAGCUAAAACACUCGUUAAGCUCAGUAGGCAAGAUGGUUUUGUUGGAAGAGGAAAUUACCCGGCUUUUCAGAAUCCGGAAGACAGUGAUGCAGAUGUUGAAGGAUAGAGGUUACAUGGUGGGAGAUUUUGAGAUUGAAAUGACAAAGUAUGAGUUCGUUCAGAAAUAUGGCGAGAAUAUGAAGAGAGAGGACCUCGUUAUUAAUAAAGGCUUCCGUAAUAGCUCUGAACAGAUAUACGUCUUCUUUCCCGAGGAACAGAAAGUUGGUGUGAAGACAAUGAAGACCUACACUAAUCGAAUGAAAGAAGAAGGUGUUCAUCGGGCAAUCUUAGUGGUCCAGCAAAAUUUAACACCGUUUGCAAGGACCUGCGUUAGUGAAAUAUCAACUAAAUUUCACUUAGAAGUCUUCCAGGAAGCUGAGUUGUUAGUUAACAUAAAAGAACAUGUUCUAGUUCCCGAGCAUCAGCUGCUUACGGCUGAAGAAAAGAAGACGUUGCUGGAGAGGUACACCGUGAAAGAAACACAGCUCCCUCGUAUCCAGAUAACUGACCCGAUUGCAAGAUACUAUGGGCUCAAGCGAGGGCAGGUUGUGAAGAUCAUACGACCGAGUGAAACUGCUGGACGUUAUAUCACCUACCGAUACGUUGUUUGAAUCAUGGGAAGCUCUGUACCUGCUGAUCUUGUCGAUGACAGCAGCAGAUGACAAUAAGGCACAAAGCAGUCGAGAAAACACAAGGCCGCAAGCCUGCAACACAGCUCCCAACUGGAAAUAUAAUCUUUUUGGUGGUGUAAUUGAACUCUCUAAAAACAUCUUGUGAGUGUAACUUUAGCUAUUUUUGCAACUUCAUAAUUUCAUAGAUUUUGUGAUUGUGAAGACAUGACCUGUAUGACUGUUCUUGUGCCAUUUUUUGUUAAGAAAAUAUUUAACUGUAUAA